ACCUCUAGGGAGAGCCGAGUGCCGUGGCCGGUCAGCUUUGAAUGCAAAAUCCAGCUGGAGUGGGGGGAAUCACUGCCUCCCCCUCAUCCAGGCACUUCUGGGCAAACAUUCGUGCGAUAACCGUUCUCAUCACCAUGAAGGCACCCGAAUUUUCCCUAAACACAGCAGAGAGGCACUGAGUUUCUUAUGCACAUGAGCUGGCCUGAGCAGCAGAAUUACCCCGGCUCCUACAGCAGCGUCACGGAAAACGCUGUUCACCACAUCGUCGAGUGAGCUGCAGACGAACCUGAAGUGAGCUGCAAGGGGCUGUUUACUGCUGAGAGGCUGAUUAAAAAUGGAGAACAAGGCACACAGCUUCUUCCCACAUAAAUCACAUUCCAGAACUUUGAUGUCAUCUGUAAUUUCCUCUCUUGAGUCUUCUGAGAAACCAUUCACAGGUUGACAACCUUCAUUUUUAUCUCUUCUUUGCGAGGCACCUGAGCAGAGCUACCGUGCUGGACCCUUUAGCAUCAAUAGCAGCAUAUCUGUGAGCACUGAUUUGUUUGAAGAGCGAUAUCUAUCUCAGGGGUGUCAAACUAACUUUCACUGGGGGCCACAUCAGCCUUGCAGUUGCCUUCAAAGGGCCAAAUGUAAUUUUAGGCCUGCAUAAAUGCAUCUACUCCUACACCCCUGUUCUAUAUGGUCUGCUGGGUCCCAUGUGGACAGGGAUGAGGAUUCAGCAGUAGGGUUUUCACAUUAGCACAGCUGCUCUUUGAACUGUAGCAACAAACUCAAAGAGUUUUAACAAGGCCUCAAACUUAAUGCUUCUCAACCUUGCCUGAAUGCUUCUAUUCAUGUUCAAACUGGGGUGCUUUAAUAAAUGCGGACUGACUUCUAGAGGUCUUGGGUGACCUGGCCCUCCUGUUGUCUCUGCUGGAGCCAAGUUAUCAAAAUCCUUUCAUCUAUUUUGAGGUAUGAAGGGUGUCAGGGGUGUGCUGACUGGGACAGCUCUGUCUUAUGAACCACUCUGUCUUAUGAACCACUCUAAAGAUGGCAAGAACUCCUCUGGCUGUGUGGGGAAACUGAAAUGAUCAAUUUAUAAUUUUCUUACCUUAACAAAAUACAGGGAGUGACUCAAAUAUGUCCCAUCCUUAUGGAAAUUAAUUGUGUUAAUGGGAUCAUUAGAAUUUAGAGCUACUGUAAUCAAACUGGUUUUUGCAGCUAAUUAUGGUUCUUGGGAAGAUUAUGUCAUAAUGAAGGCGGAGAAUUUGGUCAUCUAUAUAUAUGUGAUCUGACCCGAGCCCUUUCUUUGUGUUUGUUUGAGCAAUGCAGUAAUAGAGUCAACACAGGCAAACAGCUGCCAUGAAAACAGAAGGUGCUUCGGUGGUCCUUGCUCUGGCAUUUUUCUGCUUCUUCUCAGAUGUUGCCUGCCAAGCUUCGAUUAAGAAUGAGUGCAUGAAAAUUUGGUCACUUCUGCGCAGUGGGAAGUUUUCCUGUCCCACCAGCAAGGAGCUGGUCAGGAGCCCGGAUGGCAAAGCCGACCUCAACAAGUGCCUGAUGUGCCAAAGGCUGAUGGAAAGAGAUUCAAAAGACAAUGGGAGUGGUGGAGAGGCAAACAGGAAUGUGAACUCCUUGGGAGAGGAUGAUUGCCAAGAGUUUCGGGAUCUUUUCAAACAAGGGAAACUUUCCUGCACCAGAGAAAAUGACCCAGUCCGGGAUUCCUCUGGGAAGCAACACAGCAAUAAGUGCAUCAUGUGUGCGGAGAAGUUCAAAAGGGAGAAUGAACAGAAGCUUUCUAAAAACAGACAAGGAAAAGAGGAGGACAACUGCAGAGAGUAUCGCGCCCAGUAUGAAGCAAGUGGACGACUGUCCUGCACGAGGGAGAAUGACCCGGUUCGGGAUUCCUCUGGCAAGCAGCACACCAACAAAUGUCUCAUGUGCGCUGAGAAGUUCAAAAAGGAAGCCCAAAGAGGUGGUCAGUCUGGUGGAACUGCCCAGCGCAACAAACCGCUCACUUCAGAGAGGACAAAGCAGAAGAGCUGCAGUGGUUCAGGAUCACAGCAGAGUGUGAAUGACAGACGUCCCUCAUCAAAUAGAGGCCCCCAAGGAAAUGCGGCUCAGCGUGGCAAGAACUGCAACCGAGGACCUGGCCAGAAAGCGCAGAGCAGAGACACCAGUGCCUACCAGCUGCUGGACUGUGAUCGGAUUCUGCACGGGGUAAAGGGUGGAAGGAUUUUCUGCAGCAAAUCCUCACAACCAGUCUGUGGCACUGAUGGGAAAACAUACAAAAAUGAGUGUGACUUGUGUUCAGCUGCCAUGAGAGCAUCAAACUACGUCACAGUAAGCUAUCGAGGUGAAUGCCGAAAGCCUGGCCCUGAAGUGGAGUAAUGGAGUUCAGACUGGCAGCAAACAGCAGGGGCCAGCUGUGACUAAAGGGCAAGUAAAGGAAAAGUUGAUGUCGAGCAUCGGAGGAGCUGCUGAGUCUCCAGGACUGCCGAGGCUGCCUUCAUCCCCUUCUGCAGUGAACGGGGCCCGUCCUUGCUCAGGUGGAGGGUGAAGGGCUGUGGGGACCCAGCGGUGUCUUCCCAGGUCUGCCCCACGCAUGCCCUUGCAGUCUCUGCUGCCUCGCUGUGUCUUAGCGUGCUUCUACAAUAAAGAUAACUCUGCAGCCUCA